ACAAUUCUUGUAUCCGUAAACAAAAAGAGAAAAGAAAAUUUAAUAAUUUUUAAUUGGCGUGCAGCAGAAUGACCGGAAAACAAAAUAUUUAAGGAAUCGUUUAUAACUAAAUCCGUUUUGCAAGGAGUUGGGUUGAUGCUUCAGAGCAACCGCUUGCAUUUGUGUCAUGCUGACCUGACCUGGGCUUGGAUUUGGACUUCAUUUCAAAACAACUUCCAACUUUAAAAUGGAUACCUUUGAUGUGUCCGACAGGAGCAGCUGGUACUUUGGUUCCAUGUCCCGACAAGAUGCCACUGAAGUGUUAAUGAACGAACGCGAGCGUGGUGUUUUCUUGGUCCGUGAUAGCAACUCAAUAGUUGGAGACUAUGUUCUGUGUGUUAGGGAAGACACCAAGGUCAGCAAUUAUAUCAUUAACAAAGUGCAGCAGCAGGACCAAAUUGUUUAUCGUAUUGGGGAUCAAUCUUUUGAGAAUCUACCGCGACUAUUGACGUUUUAUACACUGCAUUAUUUGGAUACCACUCCGCUAAGACGGCCUGCGCAGAAGAAGGUGGAAAAAGUGAUAGGAAAAUUUGAUUUCGUUGGAAGCGACCAGGACGACUUGCCCUUUCAAAGGGGCGAGGUUCUUACUGUCAUCCGAAAAGACGAAGAUCAGUGGUGGACAGCCCGUAAUUCUUCAGGCCAAGUUGGACAAAUACCGGUGCCCUAUGUACAAAGGUAUGAAGACACCAUUGAAGAAGAUGGCUUUGAUAAUGGAGUUCUAGGAGGAAGCAGCUCUACUAUUACGCGCUGUAAUUUAUUGUCUAGCGGCAGCUCCGAACAGCCCAUGGUACCUUCCAGCUCGACUACCAGUACUUUGAAAAGAACAGAUUUAAAUCGUAAAUUGCCGGCUUACGCUCGGGUGAAACAGUCAAGAGUCCCAAAUGCCUACGACAAGACUGCUUUGAAGCUGGAAAUAGGUGACAUUAUUAAAGUCACUAAAACUAACAUCAAUGGACAAUGGGAGGGCGAGCUGAAAGGACGCAAAGGCCACUUUCCAUUUACCCAUGUUGAGUUUGUCGAUGAUUGUGAUUUAGGCAAUAACAGUUCGGACAUUCGGAUAAAUACGGCCUCCAGCAACGAUUGGGUGGAACAAUAAUACGCAUGUCAUUUCUCUGGGUAAUUUGUAUUUAACAUUAAGUUCAAAUGUAUCAAAAACUUGCUAGUAGGUGGUGCAUACCAAUUGUUAAUAUAUUAAACAUAUUGAUUAAUCUAUCCAAUAUAUUCGACUAAAAUUAUA